GUUUGGCGUGAACAGCUGCCAAAAAAGGUCGCGCGGCCUGACAGCGGAUAACAACUGCUGUAUUUGCCCCUUUUGAGGGAGUAAUUCACUUCAGUAACGAUAAAUAAUUAAUUAGGUAUAUCUCUGAUAUUAUUCAAAGCCACUCGCCUGUCAGCCUCCUUGUCUCAACACCCUGAUGUCUGUUCCACAGUAUUGAUAAUACUAUUAAUAGACUUAGUACCGUCCAUAAUCUGAACCAUGGAAGCCAACGAUAUCACAUUACUCAUCCCUAUCUUUCUCCUCUGUCUGUGUGGAAGCAGCUUCCAAGCCGCGAAGGUCGAAGUAGAAGGUCAGGGCGUCCACAUCGCAUUGGGGGCCAACUCCUACACUGACAGAACGGUCAUGUUUGUAUCACAAGAAAGUUUAAAUAAGGUGAAUCUCAUGGAUCCUUAUGAUAAAAAGACAAUACAGAUGGCAUACCCUGCCAAGAGUCUAAAGCUGAAUGUUACAGGACCAAACCGUGGUAAACUGUGGAUUCAGAAGGCUAAUAUUACGGAUUUGAAUGCCGAUAUGCAAUACUACUACCAGGUGGGGAACGGCACCAAAACAACGACUUUCUACUUCAGAACUUGGCGGAGAAGGAACCCCCAGGAGUCUUACAGGCCAGCCAUGCUGUUAUUCUAUGGGAAUAUAGAAGAUGACAAUGGAGCUGUUCCAGCGUAUCAUAAUCUCCGUGAAGAUAUCAAUGCACAUCUGUACAGUGGGAUAUUCAACCUGGGCAGCCUUAGCUGCGGCAAGGACCUCCAUCAGUUUUUGUUGAACCUGCAGGGCUUGGCUGGGUACACGCCUCUGUUGACUACCCCGGGGGAAUACGAGCACCGCAAUAAGUACCAGUUGUACAGUCAACUGUUCUCUAUGCCAAACACCGACUGGCCGAUGGAUAAAUUCUGGUACAGUUUUAACACCGAGAAAGCACAUAUUAUCAGUGUCAAUACGGAGUUAUACGGCCUUGAAAAGGAUGGCAUGAGAAGCCAGCAGCUGAGAUGGUUGAAGGCGGAUCUCAUCGCAGCCAAUAACGCAACACUACGCAACCUCAGUCACACGCCAUGGCUGAUUGUCUACACUCAUCGAUCACUCUUCUGUUCGGGCGAUGACAACUGCACUGACUUUAGCCCCAAGUUACAAGAACUUGAGGACUUAUUCUAUCACUUUGGUGUGGAUUUAGUCAUCUCGGCCCAAGAUAACUUCUAUGAGAGAACAUGGCCAGUCCGCCGGGGUGUGCAACAUCAGGACAACUACCUAGAUCCGGUGUAUCCAGUUUACAUCUCCACUGCUGCCUUCACUUGUAAUAAAAACAAACCGUCCAAUCCUAAAGAGUUUGCAUGGACAGCUCGAAGAAUAAACUGCCGAAAUAUGUCAACGUACGGACACCUCAAAAUUCUCAACGCGACGCACUUGUACUGGGAAGAGAUGGCUGCAGAUAACGGCAGUGUCAUAGAUACAUUUUACAUCAAGCAAAAUCACCACGGACCUUUCCUGGUCAAGGUUGGACACUCGUCGUCCGUUGUAGCAAUAGUGCUAUCGUGUGCGGUGAUACUGCUUGUCGGUGCCAUUGUGAUUUUGUUGUGGAGGCGAUGCCAUCAUUUUAUUCAAAAGAAACGUGCUGCGAGGAAGAUGCGUUAUGUGAACUUAAACGAGGGUCAGCUGGAGUUAUGAGGAGAAGGUGAUGCAAUACGACCUUGGCUCUCCACAUCUUGAUUAUUAUUUCACUUGGAAGACGAACACUGACCCAGAUAUCUUCAGAGUAUUACCCGAUUCAUGCAUUCAGAGAUGACCGCUCUUCCACUCACUUGUACAACGUACUGGCCAAGUAGACCUUGUUUUAGAAAAAUAUUGUCUUUUAUGUUGUGGUCGAAGUAAAUUGUUAUAUUUCGGACCAAAAUCGGAAAGUUUGAACAUGUAUACAUCAGGUGCAUUCGCCACCUAUGAAUGAAGUGAGUAACUAAAUUUCUGAUGUUGAUCACAAUCAAAGUGUUGAGGUUCUGCUUUUACAUUCCACUGUACUCUUGUAUAAACACAUCUUUAAUAUUUCUAAUUAUGCUUCUUCUUCAAAAGCUCCUAUAUUGUAAGAUUUAGUUUUGGGUGAUGUUGAUUUUUAAAACAGCUGAUAUUUUUAUUUGUAAAUUUUGUGAAAUUGUCACUGGCUGUAAAUUUGUUUGAGAGACCAAAAACAUAGUCUGAUUGGGUGGAUUUUCAGUCUUAAAUAUGAACUAUAGUCUAGUUAGUGAGGAAUUAUCUACUGCUUGAAUUUGCGUAUCUACUAAAGGGUUAAACCCUAGUUAUUCAUAUACAUUCCAUUUCCAUGUGUGAACAGUCCAUUUUGAAUAAAUGUAUAAUCCAAUAUAAGCUAAUAUAAAUGAUAUAUCUAUUUACAGUACACUGUACUUAAAGAAGUUGUGUUUCAAAGAAUCCACAAAAAAACCAUGUGCAUUACUUCUUUAAAUUUAGAUUGUCCUUCUCCCCAGUAUUUUUUACAUUUGUGCAGGAAACGAGUUGAAAAUGUACAUGAAAUGCAUUGGAAAUGUACAUGAAAUGCAUUGAAAAUGUACAUGAAAUGCAUUGAAAAUGUACAUGAAAUGCAUUGGAAAUGUACAUGAAAUGCAUUGAAAAUGUACAUGAAAUGCAUUGGAAAUGUACAUGGAAUGUGUUGAAGACACACAUGGACUGUGUUGAAAAUGUACAUAAAAUGUAUUAUAAGUUGUAACCCCGAUCCAAUUUUCCUUGUUAGUGUGAUAUAAAUAAUCUGUCAGCUUUUGUAGUAUCUGUAUAACCUCUCCUGGUUUUGGGGUAUAAAAAUAGACUUUCCGUGGGGAAUGGUGUAUACUUCCAUGGACUAUUCCACUGUUGCCAUAUGAGUGGGCCUGGUGUUUUCAAAGGCUGUUUGAACACACAUUGUUAGGGAUGACCCCUCUAACAUGACAAGAGGUCAUAGUUCAAAGUUGUUAGAUCUGUUAUUAAAAAAGUUGACAUGAAUUAUUGAACUAUGCAUAGAGGGUGUUAUAAAGAUUAAUGUUAUUUGGACCACACUUUGUUGUUUGGGCACAUGUUAUCAGAAAUUCGCGAUGCUCGAAUAAGGUGCUACUGACCCUUAUGAAAUCAAAUAAAUCUUGUUUGUUGAGUUUUGGUGUAUUUUGCACGGUCCUUUUGUAAUCUGGUUUGCAAUAGUGAGGUUUAGCAAUUCUUACAAAUUACGAAUUACAAAUUUUUCGUUCCAACGGUGUUGUUUUACAGUCAGUUGUAUCCAGUGUUAUGCAUGUUAGGCCACGUGUUUUUUAUUUCUUGGUUUACGGGACCGACCGACUUGCUUUUUUGGGAUUUUGGAAAAAAAAUUAAAUCUGAAAAUCAUCGAUUUUUUAUUUUAUUUUCCGCCCGACCCAUCAUAAUUAGAUAAAAUAAUGAGAAAUAAAAUAAAAUCCACUGUAUAGAGCAGUGUGAUAACCAAUGUUUGUGCACUUUCACAACUCAUCAGCCAUCUAGAUGAGGGAAAUAGCCCCAACUAAGACAUUGUGCCUUGUUCUGAAAAAAAGUGAACUUUGAUUCCAGCAGUAUUUGGGUAAUUUUAUUUCUUCCGAUCAUACAUAGCUAUUUGGGUUGGGUUAUUUUUAUUUUUAAUUUUAUUUCGACCACCCGACCAUACAUUUUUAAAAGCUCUUCCCGUAAACCAAGAAAUAAAAGACAUGUGGCCUUAGGCAGGUUUUGGUUACAAAUUCAAAAUUGGCUGACCCUUCCAACAGUAGCAAAGAAAUCUUGCUAAAAAAACGAUGAUUUUGUCGUCAACUUUGUGGAUAAAGUGAAAUUCAUAAUUUGUGAAAUUUGCAAAACCACCUAUUAUAUCAGCUAUGUGAUGAGGAAAAGUAGCGCUUUUUGUGGUGGUGAAUAAGGGAAGGAUACAUUGUUUACAUGUCGAGCUAGGCUGUUCCACGAAUUUAUCUUUUAUGGUGUACUGUUAAUUUACCUUUUAGAAUAUACUGUCAUAAUGUUUCAGCUAGAAAUCUGAAAACAUUCAUUUUUGGCUCUUAACUCAAGUACUAUUUUGUCACAUAUGCAUGAAACUUAUGUCGGAGGCAAGUGUAGACUGUUUUAUUAUAGCUUUAGUGAUUAUCUAUCAUGCCAUGGCAUUUGUAAAUAAGGUCAUUUUUUACAGAUUUCAGAUAGAAUUGUGAUGUCCAAAAAUUGUGCAAUAAGGAACUUGUUCACAUUCCACAUUACUUUAGGUAUGAAUAGUGAAUCCUAUCAAAUCCAUUAGGUUUAGAGGUUUCUUUCAAAUUAGAAUUUGGGUGGGUGAGAUGACAAGUCUGUAAGUACUUGAAAGUUACCAUGGGUAGAGUUGUCACACAAUUGCGCCUACAGGUUUAGAUUUCUGAGGCUGUAAAGAUUUCUAGGUGAAUUUUCUGAGCUGUAUUUUGCCAUCCCAUCAUAAAUUUGAUCACUCAUCGAUAUAAUUGUACAUAAUACCAAGUAUCUCUAAUCUAUACUUGAAAAUACCGACUCCUUUGUAGAAUAAAAUUUCAUUUCUCAUAAA